AUGGCUGUGAAAAAGCGCCAGAAGACUCUGUCGCAUGGCCGGCCACCUAUCAGCAAGCCGAAAGAGCGGAUGACUUCUGAGCGAUCACGGACCAUCAUUCGCACCCAUCACCGCUUACAGAAGGAGCACGCAGCAGCCCUGAAGAAGGGAGACUUGUCGUCUGCAGAAGAGAUUGCUCGAGCUAUCGAAAAGAAUGGAGGUAUAAAAACGUAUCAGGCGGCAAGUAAACAGGGGCAGGCAAAGGAUCGGGGUGGUGAUUCGAGCAAGGUCUUGGUCGAAUGGCUGCAAAAAUCGCACGUGCUAGGAGCAAAGGAGCGAGGUCACAUCAUUCCCAAACUUCGAUGCCUGGAAAUCGGCGCUCUUUCAACUGAGAAUGAAAUCUCCAAGUACUCCAAUAUUAUUGAUAUGACAAGGAUCGAUCUCAACAGCCAGGGACCGGGUAUAGAGAAACAGGAUUUCAUGCAGCGGCCACUUCCAACGACUGACAGCGAACGCUUCGACAUCAUCUCCUUAUCGCUUGUACUCAACUACGUACCAGACGCCACUGGCCGAGGCGAGAUGCUGAAGCGUAUUACCAAGUUUAUGCGAAGGAAUACUGCGAAAACGGACGAUUCUCUGCUUGCACUACCAGCACUGUUUUUCGUUUUACCACUUCCGUGUGUCGACAACUCCCGCUAUCUAGACGAAGAACUACUUCUGCAAAUCAUGGACCGCAUUGGCUUCAGGAUGACGUUCAGCAAGAAGACGUCAAAACUAUGCUACUACAUGUUCGUUCUGACAGGGGAGCCUACUAAAGCGACCACGGAAAAGAAGAAGAUACGAGAUGGCCCAGGCAUGAAUAACUUCUGCAUCAUUGUCGAAUGA